CGUCCGUUCAAACUAUGAAUGUUACACUCCGGCCGGAUCGCACUCUUUUGGAUCCAAAUUUUGAAUCCUACAAGCUCAGUUUAGAGAAAAUCCCGCAAUUUCAUUUUUCUGCGUCGAAUAAAAUCGCAUUCAAAUCACUUCCUGAAUCGCUGUCCAAACAGCAUGUACAAUCCUUCUCGCAUCAGAACUGUCUUACACUUGAUCCAUUUGUCCAGGGUGAUUUGUACUACGUAGAACUUGAUGGAUGUGUAAGUCUCGUUAGACUGUACUCAGCGCUUUCCAGAUAAGGCAUCUGCGUAUCCCACAGUGUGCUCACAAUUUUUGCCAAGGAACCUCGGUGUACUCCAUUCCAAAAUGGUCAGAUGUUACCAGCAAAAGCUCAAUGUUUUCUACUCUCACCUUUCCUUCGGAAACUCAUGCCGUCCUAUAUGAUGGCUGUGGUCACCUAUUCAUAUUUGAAACAAAACGCACGGGUUGUACAUUGCCCGAAUGGAAACUCUCAUCGGACGUGCAUCCACCACUCCAGUCUUGCGCAGCGCAGCUCCUGGAUUCCAUAAGCAUUGUAUCUUCUUCUGGUGAUGUGGAUUUGCAUUGCCUGUUGGCUUCUGUUGUGGAAAAGCCGGAUGACUUCCCUGUGCGCACGAAAUCCUCUUACGUAACUCAACUGGAGUGGCUUACCUAUCGACAAGCAGCCAAUGCAACCGAGUGGAUUCUCAGUCAACAUCGUCGACUGGUUGGCACCAGCUUUCCAGAUUAUGCGUCGUUGGCGCGUGAUGCCCAGUCGCUGCACCUUUGUGCCGAACGGACGUUCCUGCCUGUAUACGAUUCGCUCAAUCCCGAAGUAGCCAAAAAGGCUUCCAAGCCUUCGGAUACGGCAAUGAAUAUUGGUUCCAGCCGCGUCUCUCUCAUGUCUACCAGUUCUGAUAUUGCACCUGCAAGUGAGGUUACAGUCCCCUUGCCGAUCCACUGGUCCCAGUCUGACCCUUCCAAUGAGGAUGAAUCUGGCAUGGUACAUUUAGAAUUCGCACUGAAUGAAAGCCAGCUUCCACCAGUUUCAGGACCUUUCAAGCCCUCUGAGGCAGUUGAAGUUACAAUCACGCCGAAGCAAGUAACCGAAGGUCAGCAACAGACUUUGGAGGUUAUCCUAACCCAUUUUGAUGAAUCUAAACAAGAAAAGAACACAACACUCUUCAAGCACCAGUUAUACGGUUUUGUGGAGCCGGACGCCAUAUGGACCAUCUGUCGGGAAUCCACCAGUUUGGAGGUGAAUCUGCACAAGAAGCACACGUUGCAUUGGCCCCGGUUGAUACACGAUGUCGAAGUCGAUAAAAGAUUCGUCAAGCAUCGCACGAGGAACAUGUCAGCUAGUGAAGUGGAGCACUUUCAAGAGGGACCAAAGGCCACUGAAUCUGCGGAUACUGUCAGCAGUACGACUGGUUCAACACUGAGACCUGCCUUCAAUGUGGAACAGCUGGAAGAAGUUGAUUUCCCGUUAGACGAUGAGGAUGAUGAUCUUAUCUUGCAGCGCUUCGAUGCAAGAAACCUACAAGUUACGCAUCAGGCCGGUCUCUCGGGUCAUCCGUGGUUAUUCAAUGUCCACAUUGAACGAUCCAGUGAGUGGACUUGCACCUCUGCAAUCUGUUUGCGACAUGAUGUUGAUGGGGUAGUGUGGGUCCCCAAGAGCUCCCUCGGUGCUUCGGAAAAAUCUGGUGCUGACCCUUCGGCUCCUUUACCUUGGUACCAUGCCGCAACCCUACAAGCCUUUGGAUACGUCUUGGCAAGCAAGCGUGAUCAUAGAUUCGUCUCAUCACCAGCUUUGGUUCACGCUAAGCCUUUACCGUUUGUAGCUGUGGCUGACGCGGUAAAACGAGUUUAUGUUUACCGCCAAGGUGUCGCCGACGCUGGAUUUCCGAAUGGGGAUACUGAACUACGGCGGAGGAACGUCGAAGAAUCAGGGGACACGACCAAGAAAGUUCAUGUUGCUUGGCAGCACGUUGUAACGCUCCCAGUGGAGGACCCAAUUAUUGGUUUUCUUACGCUGGCUAAACCAUAUCCAACCUGUGUCGUCUGUACACAAGAUAAUGUGUAUCUUCUGUCUCUUGCUGGCUGACUUCAUUUUUCCGACGUGGUCGUGUUCAUCAGCGUAUCUGAUAUUUGUACACGCUCUUUGAAGGAUAAAUUAUUACUCACGGU